AGACACUGCAACUUUUAUUUUAGCAACAGCACUGAAUAUUGAAGGUUUCCUGUGAUGUCUGGACCAUCAAAGGAUUUUGCCUCUCCAAGUGAAGACUCUACAUCACACAAAGGUCAGCAGAACAGGAGACUGAAAGUCACUUUGCUGAGUAGUGAGUGGAGAUCAUCAACUGAUAGAGAAGUUUCCACCAUCGUUAGAGCACUUGCUGUACAGUUAGCCAAGUAUCCUAAUGUGGAAGUUAGUGUGUUUCUUCCUGAGUGCAGCGAAGAGGACAGGAGAAAUGCUACAAGUCUCAAAAUUCAGCUGAUUGAAGCUGAUAAACUGUCUGGCUUUGAACCAAUUCUUUGGUUGUUGUCUUUGCCCAGAAACCAUGAUGUAGACUGUGCCAUAGGUCAUGGGGUGCAUCUUGGCAGACAAAUUCAACUCAUAAAGAGGAAUAAAGACUGUAGAUGGAUUCAAGUUGUUCACAGUGUUCAUGAAGAAGAGGGAAUGUACAAGGACAUUUUCGAAGGAGAACGACUGCAACAAACAGAAGUAGAACUUUGUCAGAUGGCGGAUGAGGUUGUAGCAAUUGGACCCAAAGUGGCAGAGGCCUACACACGCUACCUUAGUUUUGCUAAAGAAGAAGAAACCAUUUUAGAUCUCACCCCAGGUGUCUUCUCAGAAUUUUUUAAUGUAGUGCAAGCCACUGAUGAAAGGAAAACAUUCUGUGUUUUAGUGAUUGGAAGUGGUGACAGCUGCAAAGAUUUCAAUGUUAAGGGAUUCAACAUGGCUGCUGAAGCAAUCCCUGAGUUAAAAGAUCCAUCCUACAAACUGAAGUUUCUAUAUUCACCUAAAGAAAAAGGGGAAGAAAUAGCAGAAAAGUUGCUUCAGCAUGGCAUCAGUCGUAAUCAACUAAUUGUUCGCAACCUUGAUGACAACAGAGAAGCAUUAGCCAACCUGUUCCGUGAGGUGGAUCUUGCCAUAAUGCCAUCAAGGACUGAAGGUUUUGGAUUGCCUGGUCUUGAAGCCUUAUCUGCUGGACUUCCUGUACUUGUCAGUGGUAAUUCAGGACUAAUGGAGAAGCUUUGAAGGAAGUGCUUUUAGGCUCGCAGUGUGUCAUAGACUCAGAAGAUCCAAAAGAUUGGGCAAAAGAAAUCAGAGAUGUGAGGCAAAAACGUAGGAGAGUUCGCCUUUCAGAAGCAAAGCUUCUUCGGGAACAUUAUGCAGAAAAGUAUGACUGGGAGAAGCCUUGUACUGUCCUUGUGAAAAAGAUGGAGACACUUGCAUUUGGUAAAAGUUUUCCUUCACAGUAACAAUUUUAUGCUGUUACAAUUAUUAAACAGGGAAUUGAUAUCAUUUUCAACGUACUAGUUUGGCAUGAAAGUUUGAUUGAUCUCUGUCAUUUAUUAGAUAGUGGCUCUUUUGAUAAUUAUAGGGCACAUCCUUAUUUGGUCAUUAG